AUGGCGCGACGACCUCCUUCCACCAGCUCCCUUUCCGCUGAACCACGCCCUUCCUACCGAAGAACAUCAUCUAAUUCCUCCAACCCCAAUGUCUUCAGUGAUGAUUAUGCUGCCGACAACCCCAAUCCCUUUGCCAGUGCCACUUCCAGUCCAAUAGAUUCGAUAGACAGUCGUUCGGACCGAUUAUCACUCAACCAUCAUGUCGAUCCCGAAUCAGAUCCAAGAGAGUAUACUCCUGCUGGCCUUCCUGGAAAUUUAGUUGGCAUGGGCCAAAUAUCUGCCAUGUCCGGCACAUCUGGAACCAACUUUUCCACCACCCCCCAGAGAACCGUUUCUACCUCGUCUCAUUCGAUAGCUGAUACGCACAGAACACUCAGCACAUCCUCUCGUUUUUCUCUACCUCGAGCACCCAGUCCCUACAAUGGCCCGACUGCUCCUAGCCAACCCUAUGGUCUAUAUCCUCAGGCCACGCGUGCCUCGAGUAUUGCAAGCGAAGCAACCAUACGCCCCAUCGACCGACCUUUUGUUCCUCAGGGAGGGCCUGAACAUCCUUACGGAAUGUAUCAACAAAACACUGUUCCCGAGGAAGGGGAUGACUCGCAGCUACAUAUCCCCUUGGGGUUUCCUGGCCUAGGCCAAUCUUCACAAUCCAGCUCGCAUUCUUCUGGAGACGAGGUCGGUGAUAUUGUAGGAUCUGAUGGUCACGUGGAACAAUUACCUCCCUACAGUCGCUAUGCCGACAACGUGAUUGCUAAAGGCGACAUGGCUCGGAUAGAACCGCCUACUGUCGCUAUAGACGACCCCUCACCUUCUCCCACCACUCAACCGGUCCCUGCCUCGUCCUCGAACAUUGAGUUGACAAAUGUCGGUGACAGCUCUUCUUCAGACGAAGUAGCAAGGAAGGAAGGCUUGGCAGAACAAAAGAGGAACAAAAGAAUGUGCUUCGGGAUCCCAUUUUGGACAUUCGUCAUCAUUGUAGCCGUUGUGAUAAUUGCUGCCCUCCUAGGUGGAGUGAUUGGUGGAGUGGUGGGCACGAAGAAGGGCACAGACAGGGCAAACGGGAGCGCAACCACUACCAUAUGGCUUGAUGCAGAUCCUGCCCAAACAGAUGGGUCGACAGGGCCAUGCCCAACUGGCCACUAUACACUGGCACUCAACCAAACUGAAGAGGUUGACACCUGCGUCGUUGACCCUGCCCUCAAGAACGCCUGGGGCUGUAUGGAUUUUGCCAAACUCGGCAUUAACAUCUUUGAGAUCCCCAACGGCGGCUCAUUGCAGGUAGUCUUUGAUGACUAUUCUAUCCGACCCCAGCAAUUCAAAUAUGGUCCACAACCACCCGACUUCAACGGUACUGCAUUCACCAUGGAACCCUACAUGGACAGGGAGGACGAUGAUCUGGGUGUUGCGCUGUUCUUUAGUGUUCUCUUUGAUAAAUUAAGCAUUCUCCCGGCAGAGGCUCUUUCUCCCCCCAGUGAGAGGAAGCGAUCCAUCCCCGCCUCGCAUCUAACGCAACGAACGGACUGGGAAGAUCCCAACUGGUUGAGCAUUGGCGACCAGCCUUGGUACUGCUAUUGGAAUUCUACAGUUAGUGAAUUUUGGAUUUUCCUCGACCAAGAUAUGAACCUGUGGGAUUCAUGGGCCGCAACUUCCACCAUUACAUCAGGCUAUCCGACAUCCACAGGCCAAACGUCGUCUAUCUAUCCCACGAAUGCGCCAGGCGCGCCUACCACGAACAUUGAAUCUAAAGGCAGUCCACCUCAGAGUUCUCCCACACCCUACAACGACCCUUACUGGAAUGGUGCAAAAAACAAGCGUCAAACAACCCAAAUUGGCGCCCCUGGUAUAUUCCCCAAGCUGGUGAAGAUGGUGGAGAAGAGGAAACCACACAGCAACAUCCAGCCUUAUUGCCAACAAAUGCAAGUUCUCAACAACUGGCAAAUCAUGCCCAUCCCUACCGUCCCAACCAUCUGUGUCACCGAGGAUGAGUACAGCCCUCCAGCUGCGACUGACGCCGGCAACAAACAUAUGUCAAGGCGGAAGCGCUCGCCCGACACCGUCUCUCAGCUAGCAUCGAAUUGUAUUUGCGAAUGGUUCAGCGAUUACUAA